GUCUGCGCGGCUCCUCCCGCUCCGUCGGCCAUCCCGCGGGGCGAAAGCCAUGGACGUCAACCAGCCCAAGCAGGAGCAUUUGCUGGCUCUAAAAGGUCCUGUCUUCCACUGAUCUUUGCAUCAUGGGGCAAGGAAAUUCUUGUAAAUAAGCUGUUUCACUCUAGAUAUGAGAAUCCUUAUCAAGAGACUGUUUUCCUAAGAAUCACUGGUUUCCUACCGUUCAAGCAUGGAAGUGGUCUUGCACUAUCGACCACAUCAGAGAGAUCUAAUAAAACUGCAGAAAUUUGCAGAAGCAGCAGUGAAGGAAUUUCCCAUUCGCCAAGUACCAAGAUUUGCACCCUGGUUUCCAAAUGAUUUACACAGACUUCCCCUCAAACCACAAAAGCAGGCACCUGUUAUUUCUUGUGAGGAAGUGGAAGAAUUGAAACAGCUUUCUACACCUUCAGAAUAUGUUACAGGAUCUCCUGAUUAUGACUGCACAAAAAAUCUCCUUGAGUUUCACUCUAGUAUGAAACAUGAUCUGACUUUAAUCCAAGCAAAGGCUGUUCACAGACCAAUUAACUUGGACUAUCAAGGAGAACCACCACCUAAUGGAAAACAAAAAUUGAAAAGGUCUUGGAGUGUCUCUCUUCCUAGUGCUAAACUCAAAGAAAAGAUUCAUCCUUUAUCUCAAGAACUGCAGAAUAAUUUGGAAAGACUAAAGCUGCAUGCAUUUUGUAGAGCAAAAUGGACAAUUGAACAGUCUAUUUGUAAAAACCAGAAUUUGGAGGACAUAUGGAUAAAAUUGAAUAGACUCAUUAAACAGAAUGAAUUGCCGUCUUGCAAUGCUACUAUCCAAAGAUCUGUGGGACAGAUUUGGAUUUUCUGUGAUAUAUUAUACUGUGAAUAUGUUAGAAAUAUACUUAGGGAAAAGCUAAGCCUUACAGAUAAAAUGAAUUUGCUUGUACAUAAAUACGGAAUUAUAUUUAGUUUAUGACUUAAGAUACAGUUUAAUAAUAAAAUUACUGUCAGAAAUACUGGAGUUUUUAAGCAGUUUAGAAUAUAUAGACCUUUGAAUAACUGAUAAAUUAACGGUAAGAAAACUGCUUAUACUACUUUACCACAGAUUUCUAACUACAAUUUUAUAUUUCUUUAACUUUGUUUUGCCUCAAGACUUAGAGUUCUAUUAAGAUUAGUUUCUGUUUGGCUUAGUACUGCAUUUAAUAGCUUUUCUCUACCUUGGUGGUCUAAAGGAAAAAUUAAAGUAAAAAUUCCGGACUAUUGUGGCAAGCUAUGUCAGAUAAUAAAUUUAAUGAUUUCAGUUAAACAGAAUACAUCCCCUCUGCUUCGUUGGAAUUAAGAGUAGGAAAUUUGUUUUUAAGUGAGUUAUAAUAAUUGCUGUAAUAGCUAUAACUGACAUUAAGAUUUUCAAGAUAUGAUUAUUUCCUGAAAGUAGUCAGUAAAUUUUUAUAAUGAAGGUGUAUCCCUCCUGUGAAAUACAAACUUACUUUAUGUGGGAUAUACGCACUGUCUUAGCUUCAUUUUAGGUUCAGUGGAAGCUGUGGGCUGAAAAAUAAUGAACAACUUAAUAAUUGCUGUUUUACGCCUUUGAUAAUUAUUUUUUUCCUGAUAUUUCUGUUCUUGUGUCUCUAUAUUUGGGAACAAGAAAACACUGACUUCCAGCUAAAAGUAAGGAAAUUAGGAAAUGAGAUUUGAGACCUCUUGUUUGUUGUCUUGGGAAAUUUGAAUGCCUUUUAUGGUCAAAAAGGCUGAGUUCAGCAUGACUUUUUUUCUCCUGAAAGAAUGAAGUAUUCCAAGGUCUUGCUAUCCGUGUUCAAUUGAAACUCUGGAGGGUCAAUAGAGAAGGUAAACUGGGAUCAAUAUGACUCAAGGUUAUGCAUUUGCAUAACCUAGUUCUAGAUAGUUUUGCUGUAGCUGGAGGUCAAGGUCUAUAGCAUGUGGAAAAGGGGGAAAACAAGUGUUUAGUAUUUGUAGAUUGUUAGAUUGUCAUUAAUGUCACUCACACGAAAGUGUACAUAAGCAUGACAGAGAUCCCUCUGUAAAAACAAAGUAAAUUCCCCUUAUGACAUCCUUGUGUUGAAUAAUUAUUUUUUAGAGAUAUUACAUUUUUUUAGAUAAAAAUUGCUCCAUUUGAGUCAUUGACAUGUAUUUUUAAACUUUGACUGACUUUUAAGACAUUUGUAGAUGUCUUAUAUUGAUGUUUCAGGUAUUUGUGACAUUUAAUGUGACCACUUUGCAAAAUCGAUGCAAAAUGCUGUCUAGACUGCACUAUAACUGAGGGGUGUCAUUAAUUUUAAAGCUUUUUGUAUUGCCAGAUUUUUCACUGACAUUAUAUUUAUGAUCUUAAAAUAAUUAGUAAUAAAAUUUUUAAUCUGUGA